CUCUCAUAGAAAUGACAAACUCUUUUAUGCUAAUUAGGAGAGAAUCGAUUUAAUUAAGUUUUUCACUCGCGUAAGCAAUGGAAUUUUCGUCGAUAUGCACUAAGAUGUGUUCUCUGUGUAGUUACAUUCAUAUGCACUUACGAAAUCAUGUGAUAACAAAGUUUUCUAACGUACUUUCAAGGUUCUGCGACAUUUAAUUGCUCCGUAAAUGACGUUUAAUUAAAGCAGUAGUUCUUCACCAGAAAAAAAAUUACAUCAGAUGUGUUCAGUAAAACAUAAACAUGUAUGUGAUCACAACGCCAUCUGUGAUGUCUGUUGAAGGCUCUAGGUAGGCUGAAUUUUUUAAACAAGAAAUCUUUAACCGCCCGACCGUUUAAUGUUAAAAAGGGUAAACAAGUACUGAAAGUUUAGUCUGACUUGUCCCUUGACAUUUUUUGAUGAGUUUACUUAGAAAACAUAAACAAAGAGCGUAGAUAAAAGAAAAUUUAAUAAUUUAGAACUAUUUAAGCAACAUUGAUAGCAUUUUCAAUAUGUUAUUUGACGAUAUAUGAUUUUGGAAAGUAUAAAAACAAAAACUAGAUCAAUAAAUCAUCAAAAUUCUAUGUAAGAGCUUAAAAAUUCCUGAAAAUAAAAAAAAUCAUCAUGGAGUUAAGGCAGUGGAUACGAACUAUUCUUAUUAUAAUCUACUUCAUAUUUUUGUUCAUAAUAACACCACUGAUUGUUUGGAAUACUGUGAAAGAUGGAUUCGAAAAAAAGGAUCAGUUAAUAUUGAUCGGUUCGCUUUUCGUGUUUUGUGCUCUUCCUGUCAGUUUCUUUCAUUUUUCACAGCAUUUAAAACAUUUCAACAAGCCGAUUUUACAAAAACACAUAAUACGGAUUAUCAUGAUGAUCCCCGUUUAUUCGUUAGAUGCACUCUUUGGAUUGAUCUAUCCUCGAUACUCACUUUACGUUGAUGGACUUCGAGAGAUUUAUGAGGCUUAUGUCAUUUAUAACUUUAUGAAAUAUCUGCUAAAUUAUCUCAAUCUUGAGAUGGAUUUUGUGAUUGCAAUUCAGUUCAAACCUCAAGUAUAUCAUUUUUUCCCACUUUGUUGGAUGACACCUUGGCGUAUGGGUCGUGAACUUGUACACAAUUGUAAACAUGGCAUCCUUCAAUACACCAUGAUUCGACCUCUUACAACUAUUGUUGCCAUAAUUUGUGAACUUAGUGGUGUUUACGGUGAGAGCGAGUUUAAGUUCAGUGUUGCUUAUCCGUACCUUGCGUUCAUCAAUAAUUUAUCGCAAUUUUGUGCGAUGUAUUGUCUCGUUCUGUUCUAUCGUGCCAACUAUGACGAACUUAAGCAUAUGAAGCCAUUACCAAAAUUUCUUUGCAUCAAAGCCGUUGUUUUCUUCUCAUUUUUUCAAGAAGUUAUCAUCAACUUUCUUGUUUACUAUGGCAUUAUUAAAGACGUUUUUAAUUCCGAUAUUGCAAAGGAAGGCGAUUAUAAAUUACUUGCAUCAAGAUUACAAAAUUUUUUAAUUUGUGUUGAAAUGUUCCUGGCAGCUUUAGCUCAUCAAUAUUCCUUUCCAUACAAACCAUUCCAAAUUAAUGACCAAUCAGCAAACAACAAUUGGUUUAGUACAUUUCUUGCAAUGUUGGACAUGGAAGAUGUUCGACAAGAUCUUUCUGAACACUUUGGUGUUGUAGGAGAUAGAAUCGUUGGAAGCUUUAGAAGUCAACCAACCUACUUACAAUAUAGUGAAGCAGAUUUUCUCAUACCACAAAAUCAAUCUCAACAAUCUCCUCAAGUCGUCACAGUGUCGAGAGUCAAGGAUAAAAAUUAUGGGACAUAUUCUUCGACACAACCAGUUGAAGCAAAAUCAACAAAUAUUGGAAAGAAUAAAAAAUACAGAAUAGCAAAUAUAGAAGAUAAGGAGAGUUCAAGUUCAAGUGAUCAAGCCACCACAUCCAGAAACCAAACAAACAAUUCAAAUAUGACGCAAAGUACUACAAGCACUACUAGUUCAUUUGGUAUCAAUGUUCGAGGUCUUGAGAAUGACCCAAUUAAUUAUAGAAACCCAGAUAAAAAAAUGAAAAUUAAUAUCUCAUUGCUUCUGCUUCUGAGCUCUUGUUUAGUAUUCGCACCAUUUAUCACUUGUGAAACUAACGACUUUGAUGUUGAUGAUGGUGUCACUAUAGAGGAUGAAAGUGAACAAACAGCUCCAAUCAAAGACGAAGUUGUUGAAAAAAUUCAUUACACAAGCCCAGAUCCGGAUCCAAAACGUUUUCAUUUUGCUGAACAUUUCGAUGAAUUAAAACGGUUUGAACAGAAAUGGGUCAAAUCAGAAGCCAAAAAAGAAGACAUUGCUGAGGAAAUAGCAAAAUAUGAUGGAUUAUGGUCAUUGGAAAUGCCACAACGAAGUAUUCUUGACAAUGAUCUCGGACUUGUCUUAAAAUCAAAGGCAAAGCAUGCAGCAAUUGCUUCACGUCUCAACAAGCCUUUUAGAUUUGAUGGAAAACCUUUGGUGGUUCAAUACGAAGUAACACUUCAAGAUGGUCAAGAAUGCGGUGGCUCUUACAUUAAACUUCUUUCUGAAGGAGCAGAAACAUCAGAUCUGAAAAAAUUCCAUGAUAAAACUCCAUACACAAUCAUGUUUGGACCGGAUAAGUGUGGCAAUGAUGUCAAACUCCACUUUAUUUUCCGUCAUGUUAAUCCAGUGAAUAGAAGCAUCGAAGAAAAGCAUAGCAAGAAACCAAAAGAUCGUCUUGAAGAGCCAUUCAAAGAUAAGCAACCGCACCUUUAUAAACUCGUAAUUAAUCCCGAUAACAGUUUUAAAGUGUCAGUUGAUCAUAAAGUUAUAAACGAGGGCCAUUUGUUGAAAGACUUUAAUCCCGCUGUCAAUCCACCAAAAGAAAUUGAUGAUCCCAACGAUUUUAAACCAGAAACCUGGGAUGAGCGUGAAAAGAUUCCAGAUCCAACUGCUGUAAAACCAGAUGAUUGGGACGUUCCACCACAAAUUCCAGAUCCAUCAGCAUCAAAACCAGAGAACUGGUUGGACGAUGAAGAAGAAAUGAUUCCAGAUCCAGCAGCAGAAAAGCCCAAAGAUUGGGAUGAAGAAAUGGAUGGCGUAUGGGAAGCUCCUUUAAUAAGAAAUCCAAUGUGCGAAGAUAAUGGCUGGGGAAAGUGGGAACCACCUAUGAUUGCUAAUCCAGAUUAUAGAGGCAAAUGGCGUGCACCAUUGCUGGAUAAUCCAAAUUAUCAAGGAAAGUGGACGCCAAAAAGAAUUCCAAAUCCAGGUUUCUUCGAAGAUAAUGAUCCAUUUGCAAGAAUGACACCAAUUUCUGCAGUUGGAAUUGAACUGUGGUCGAUGAGCAGCGAUAUUCUAUUCGACAACAUCGUCAUAACAGAUGAUGAAAUUCAUGCCUACGAAUGGGCAGAAAAAACCUAUGAUCUCAAAAGAAAACAUUUAGAUAAGCAAGCGGACACACUUUGGGAGAGAAUGAUGGCAAACAUGAAUUAUAGUCCAGGCUGGUACUUGACAUACUUCAUUUACUGUAUGAUUCCAGUGGUGAUUUAUGUUUGGUAUUUGCUUUCACGUCGUAAAGAUGAUUAUUUGAUUCAGGAGGAAACUUUUGUUCAAAAAAUGACCAAAAUAGUUAACGAGAGUCCUUGGAUAGUUGCUCUUGUUGUAGUUAUUGUUGGCUUGCCGAUAUCUAUUAUUUUGUAUAUGUUGUGCUCCUCAUCGCCACCAAAUAAGGGAGCUCAACAUUCGAAAAAGACUGAUGAACCAACCGUCGAUGAUACUCCAUUAGAAGAGGAGUUAACUCCACCACCACGUCCUAAAAGUAAAUUGGAUCUUAAUGAACCUGAAGUUGAAGAGGUGGAAGAUGACGAUGAAGAUGAAGUUGAGGACCAAAAAGUUGUCGCUGACACUCAAACUGAAGAGAUUGCAUUAAAAUCGUCAAGUGAACCGACGUCACGUAAACGUAAACCAAGAAAGGAGUAGAAAUAUCCAAAGCAACAUAACAUAAGCAAAACAUUCAAAAAGCAGUCAACACAUCAAUAAUUUAUUUUCCUUUUUCGAUGUACUAAAUACUUUUCAUGAGUCAUUUCAUGCACCCGUGAGGAUUUCGAUGUUGCUGUUUGACGUAGUAAUUUUUUUUCCUUUUUCCUUGUUUAAAGGUUGAGUCUCAUUAGGAUGAUACCUUAGUUUUCUUGUUAUCACUACACAGCAUUUUUAUUUGUUUAUAAGAGAUUGAGAUUGUUCUUUCUUUCCUUUUUACUUCUUAGAUGAAAAAUUUCUUUCCAUUAUUAAUACAAAAAUUAUAAAAUGUAAGAACAGCACUAGCAUGGAUCAUAGAAAUAAAAAAGUAAAUAAAAAUUGUCAUUUGAAUAAAUUAAAAA